AUGAAGCUUAGUAUCACGUCCCAGGUCGGCCUUGCCAUUACUGCCAUUCUCUCCUCUACGGAUGCAUUCCCAACCAAGCCUGUCCCCCAACGCCAGCUUCUCAUAUGUUCUGACAGCACUACCAUGCCCUAUGGUAAAACGAGUUUAAUCCAAGGAUGGGGCUUCUACAUGCAUAAUUUCUUCAACCUCAACAUCACGAACCUCGCUCGUGGUGGGCGUAGCACACGCUCUUUCAUCAACGAAGGUCUAUGGGGCUCUCUCGUAGCGAGUAUUGUUCCUGGCGAGGGAACAAUCGUGCUGAUCGAGAUGGGACAUAAUGACAAUGGUGAUCCUACGACUGAUACCAAGUUCCGUGCCACUCUUCCAGGAAUUGGGCAUGAGAGUGUGGUUGUCGCGAGUAAUGCCACAGGAGGCACGACUGAGCGAGUGUACACGUUUGGGCAUUAUUUGAGAAAAAUGAUCUCCGAUGUGAAGCAUGCGGGUGGGGUGCCGAUCCUGAGUGGCAUGGUGCCUAUUAUGUCUUGGAAUGGGGGUGUUUUGGAGACGGACUGGGCAUUUGCCGAUUAUGAGCGAGAGGUGGCUGAGCAAGAGCAUGUUGAGUAUAUUGAUCACACGAAAUAUGCCGUGAACAGAUGGCAGGCAUUUAGAUCUGUCAACGCUACAGCGCCAUACUAUCCACUCGAUGAUUUUACGCACACCAGUUGGCCGGGGGCCGAAAUCAAUACAGAAGCAUUUGUUACGGCUGUUAAAUGUGAAAAGCGAUCUCUAUUCAGACAGUCACAGCUGGCGCCAUACCUCAAUGCUAAUGCAAGCCAUAUCGAGUAUCAGUGCUAA